AAUAACCUCGCGGUAGGACUGUAUGUUUGUGCAGUAUUAGCCCCGUUAGCACAGAGUGUGAUUCACAGCAGCGACAUGUCGGUCGACAGUGUGUUCAGGACCCGCUCCCUCGGCGUGGCUGCCGUUGGUCUUCCUGAUCAAUAUGCCGACGGUAAAGCAGCCAAAGUGUGGCAGCUGUACAUCGGUGACACGAAGAGCAGGACGGAGGAGUACCGGAGCUGGGUCGUGUCCCUGCUGAAGGAGCACGGGGUGCAGCGAGUACUGGACGUCGCCUGCGGAACGGGCGUGGACUCCAUAAUGCUGGUGGAGGAAGGAUUUAAGAUGGUAAGUGUUGAUGCCAGUGAUAAAAUGCUCAAGUAUGCACUGAAGUCAAGAUGGGAGAGGAGGAAAGAACCAGCCUUUGAUCAGUGGGUCAUUGAUGAGGCCAACUGGCUGACAUUAUCAGAGGACAUCCAGAAGCCAGGGGAAGGCUUUGAUGCUGUUAUCUGCCUCGGCAACUCGUUUGCCCAUUUACCAGACUUUAAAGGGGACCAGAGUGACCAAAAGCUUGCCCUUCACAACAUUGCCAGCAUGGUUCGACCAGGUGGAAUUCUCAUUAUCGACCAUCGUAACUACGACUACAUCUUGGAGACAGGACGGGCACCACAAGGAAAAAACAUUUACUACAAGAGUGAUCUGACUCAGGACAUCACCACCUCAGUGUUGUGGGUCAACAACAAACCCCACAUGAUCACUCUGGACUACACCAUUCAAGUCCCACAGUCUGGUCCACAGGAGCUUCCUGAAGUCAGUAAAUUCCGUCUGUCCUACUACCCACACCGGCUGGAGAGCUUCAAGGACAUGCUGAAGGAAGCCUUUGAUGGCAGAAUGGAGCACAGCGUCUACGGAGACUUCCAGACCUACGUCAGAGGUCAGAGCAACGAUCCCUGCUACUUCAUCCAUGUGUGUAAGAAGUCAGCCUGAGAACCACACCAACCCACGUCCAAGUCUUAGAGCCGCGGCCAACUUUUUACAAACCAAAACCAAAACUAUAUUUUUUAAUUUAAAAAAAGGUUUAUUUUAAAAUCUGGUUAAUUUUAAUCUGAUUAUGUUUUUAUUUAACUUAAAGCCAAAAUAAUUAGAAAUAAUUGUAUUACUGUGUCACAUCACCUUGUCCUGGUUCUAGGUUCUACGUACAUGUUCUAAAUGCUGCUGUGAUAUUGUUAUACUGUGUACUUUUCAAUCGUCAUCAAAAUGUUACAGAACUGUGACUUUGAUUUGUUUUUUUUUUUACUUUAACUUCUCGUCUUAAACAUUGAUAUAGCAUUUGUGGAUUAAAGAUCUGUUCAGAGUGAGUGUGGACGGGACCUGACCAGCAUGGACCACACUGACCACUGGUACCUGGGUCAUUGGACCACACUGACCACUGGUACCUGGGUUAGUGUUGUUGUGUGUGUCUCCUGUCCUAGGAACAAAAGUUAGCUACAUGCUACACAUGACACACGGGGUCUGAUCCCAUGAUGCCUCAGUGACUUAAAUGUUGGAAAUUGUUUUUAAUUAAGACUCAAACGUCAUCAUCACACCUCUGGAGAUAUUUUUCACAUAUCUUUGAAGGAGAACCAGACUUUUCUCCAGGGGUUUUUACUGGUCUUCACUGGGGCUCACAACCCUGCCCCCUAAUGGUGAUGUGUUUUUUAGUACAAUAAAGUGAACCUUUUUGAGACA